AAUCGGAUCUUUAAUCGGUUUCAAUAGGCCGCUGAUAUCAGUACGCACCAUCCCACCAAGUUGCUUGAUGUGGGAAGAGCUUUUCCCCAUCGCGCACGUGCGCGAUCCCCCAGAUCUGUGCCGUCCAUAUCUUCACAAGUUCGGGCGGCUGGGUCUUCGUGAUUUUUCCGGCGUGCGAGAGUCUGCUUAGUGAGCCGCCACGCUCGGUUGCAGACGGUUGGCCUUUUCUUCUCUCGAAGUUUUCUUUAUCGCGGUAAACGUGCGCCACACAUAUCUCUCGCUGCUAUUUUGUUUAUACAAAAAUUACUUAAAAGAAUAAUAAUUGAAUGGCAACUGGGGACGCAACGGGCUCUCAGUUUGAAACGAAAUUAAUUUUGGAUCCAUCGCGUAUAGCACAUAUUGCGCCAGCAGUAAUCGCAGUGCAUAUUCCCGAUUGCGAAAUAGUUUGUUUAUAUUGAGCGUUUCUGUAUUUGCUGUUCAACCUGUUGUACGCGAAAGUUUGAAAGUGAAUGCCUAUAGAUUGGAAAUUAAUUGUGAGCGAUACAAAGAAGCCCAAAAGAAUAUGCGCAACGGGAUGAAAAUAUUUCGAAAUGAAAUCACAAAAGUGAAAUCUUUGCUGAGUUGAAAACUCGGCGCCAGUGCAAACGUUAGCAAACAUCAUUAAAUUCUGGCCAUAAGUUUCUGUUUUAUUGGCCAUUAUGAAGCAGUUGUUCAAUAUAAUACACUGUGAUCAUUUGAAUGGGCAUGUACGCUCUAUUUAUGAUAAUUUAAAUACAGAUGUUUGUGGCAUUGACCGUGUGAGGCGUGUUUUUGCGUGUUUCAGCAUUUUUCUGCUACUUUUAGGAUGGAUCUUUGUGUGGAAAAGAUAUAAAAAAUGCCAUAAAACAUUGCUAAUGUUUCACAAUGGACGUGCGGCGGUUUCCCUGCUCCUGCUGGCUGUGAAUAGCCUGGAAUUGGCCAGGACCUUUCUGCCCCAUCGCGGUGUUCGCCAGCUAAACCCACUUUUCAAGUUGAGCCCCAGGGAUCGAAACUAUUUGAUUGUAGUUGGGUCGGGAGAAGUAUGGAAUGCGGUUUUCUCCACAUUGCUGACACUUUUGCUAAUGCUGUAUCAUCGCAUUGUGGAGCGGAAAAGGUCGACAGUGUUUUUGUAUGCGACUACUGCCGUGGAGGUAUUGACUUUUGCUCUGCUCACCAAUGAACUGUCUGAGUUGGUGUCCUGCGAGGAUUUGCUGGAGCUCCAGACGUGCCUUCUGGGCAUGUCUGCCUUGUGCAUGAUGGCCUUGGCACUGCUGGACGGGGUUACCAUAUACAAGGAGUGCUAUCACGAUGACUAUUUGGACGACUAUGAAAAAAUAGGCUACAAACACUCGCUGGCCACAUUUUAUUCCAAGUCCUGUUUUUGGUGGCUAACACCGCUGCUCUGGUUGGGCUACAAGGAACCACUGGAACUGGAGGAUUUGGGUGAAAUGAAACUGGAGGACAGUGCUAGGUCCCACUACGACCACUUCCUGUAUAUUUACACUGAGAAGAAGAAAAAAUCAAAUUCGUCCCCAUCCUUGUGGUAUUGCUAUAUAAAGAACAGUUGGCGCAUGUUUGCCCUGGGCGGCAUUUUGAAGUUAGCCGGUGAUUUAUUCGCCUUGAUUGGUCCGCUGGCCAUACAAAAUAUAGUGGAAUAUGUCGAGCAACUUUAUGCCCAGGCUUCGAUGCCGGAAGUGCCGCCGGAGGAGUCAGCUCUGCUGUCCUCGUCCAAAGUGGGCACCGAAUUCGACGAUGUCUUCGGCACCAAUAUCGGAACAGUGAGGAUUUACAGCAGCACCUGGUCGGAUCUCUUGGCAAAUGGCUGGUGCAUCGCCUGGAUUGUCCUGCUGGCCGCAAUGACACAAGGCGCCUUGUCGCAGGCCUCGACGCACAUUCUCAACAUGACCGGCAUCAGGAUUAAAACGUCCCUGCAGGGUCUAAUUUAUAGAAAAAGUUUGCUCCUAAAUGCGGGUGGUGGGUGUGAUGAAGGCCAUACUACAGACGAAACUCAGUCAACUUCCCUCCCCAAGGAUGAAAAUCCCACAAACGAUGAUUCCAAGCCAACAUUAGAGCACGUGGACAAGUUAAGCGAAUCAAAUGCCACGAAUGACAUUGGCAGUAUUACCAACCAUAUGACGGAGGACACCAUGAACAUUAUGGAAUUCUUCUUGAUCAUCCACUAUGCCUGGGCCAUUCCAUUUAAGAUAUCUGUGGUUAUAUAUUUAUUAUAUGUAAAUUUGGGAAUAAGUGCAGUUAUUGGAUCCAUUGUAUGUAUAGUGAUAAUGACGCCCCUGCAAUUCGUAGUAGGAAACGCAAUGUCAAAAAAUACUGAGGUUAUUGCGAAAUAUACCGACGAGCGAUUGAAAAAAUUACACGACACACUUGUUGGCAUCAAAGUCAUAAAACUAAAUGCCUGGGAUGAGGUAUUUCUCAAAAAGAUUCAAUUGGCCCGGAAAAAGGAGCUCAAGUAUCUCAACAAGGAUGCAACAUUUUUUACACUAAUGGCCGUACUUACACAUGUUGCCACCGUCUUGAUCACCUUUGUGACCCUGGGAGUUUAUGUGUGGCUGCAUCGGGAUCAGGAGUUCGACCUGAAUGCCAGUCGUCUGUUUUCUUCCCUGGCGCUUUUCCAGCAGCUCACAGUUCCGCUGCUGAUCUUUCCCAUCACAGUGCCCAUUAUCAUAGCGGCCAGGGUAUCGACUCGUCGCUUGGAACGAUUCCUGAAGUCCAGCGAGAUCCAGAAGCAAUUCGAGGGCAUUCGAAAUAUGGCCAGGAUCUUGAGCAAGAGCGAUGCCUCGUUGGAUAUGUAUGAAACGCAGGAGAAAUCGAAUCUAACAAUGCGGACGGCUCAAGCGGAAAAUAGGCUAAAUGAAAAGCGGCUGGCGCAAAACUCUCAAACUCCAGAGCCGCCGACUAACUGCACUCCCCUGUUGCAAAAUAGCGAGGAAUCUGCUGGCGAUAUGGCCUUAUCCACGAUCCAGGAACUGGGGCACAACAAACUGGUGCAACAGCGUCGCGAACUGCUCCGGAAUACUCCAUAUGUGGCCAUCCGACCUCCGAAAAUGCGGGGCAGCGUGGUGGAGAGACCCGUGGAAUUCUCGGUUAUCCGUGCCAGGAAUACGGAUAGCUGGCGACGGGAUUCCCUUCUGCUGAAAAUGCCCGAUGACAUUGCCGUCUCAAUCAACGACGGACUCUUCACGUGGCAGCCACAAAGUCAGAUGCCACUGGUGCAGCUGCACGUUCCCGGAAUCAUCGUGCCCAAGGGCAAGCUGACCAUCGUUGUGGGCAAAAAUGGCAGCGGAAAGACAUCCCUUCUAUCCGCCCUGCUCAUGGAGAUGCCGCUCCUGGUGGGCAACAUGUUUUGGCACAAAACUUGCACAAUUUCCUACGUUUCUCAACAGCCUUGGCUCUUGAAUGACACCAUCCGGGAGAAUAUACUUUUCGGAGAGUCCUUUCGACCGAAACGAUAUGAUUUCGUGUUAGAAGCCUGUGCCCUUAAGCCGGAUAUUGAGUUAAUGCCCAGGGGCGAUUUUACUAUUAUAGGAGAACGUGGAAUAAACAUUUCUGGCGGACAGAGGCAGCGAAUAGCUAUAGCUCGAGCUAUAUAUUCAUCGGCUAAUGUGGUCAUUAUGGACGAUCCCUUAGCUUCGCUUGAUAACGAGGUAGGCGAACAUAUAUUUCAGCACUGCAUACGACAGAUGUUACAAAAGUCAAACAGAACUUUUAUUCUUGUGACACAACAAUUACAACGCAUAAAGGAAGCUGAAUACUUGAUUGCCAUAAAAGAUGGUCGUGUUGAAGCGUGUGGAAGUUACGCGGAUAUUGAACUGAUGCAUCCGAGUAUUACUUCCAAAUGGAACUCGAUUAUUGCAGCGGCGAAGGCCAAAAAAGAUAAUAUUUCACAAAAUCCAGGUGAAAGAACGGCUGGGGAACGCUGGAAAUUACUGAAGAAUGUGAGCAAGUUGGGAUUGCAGCGCUCGAUUUCGGUGACAAUGGAUUCAAAUGCCGGAUGCAAUGCAGAUGCGAUUGAUGGCAGUGGUUGUAUAUCGGUGGCUAAUAUGCAACCACAUGUGUUGGAGGAGGACGAGGAGGAUGACCGAGUGUCGGUGUCAUAUACCAUUGGCAAUGGAUCUUGUGGUGGAUUUAAUCUACAGCGCAAACGUUCCAGCAUUUAUGGCUCGCGGCAUCUGAUGUACGAUGUUCCUCUUCCGAUUGACGAGUGUCAGGGAGAUGAUGUGAUCAUGCGACCUCGUCGCCGGCAUACCCUAAGUCGUCGUGGAAGUCGGACGACCAACUCCUGGCAUCGAUUGAGUGGUCUGAGCACCCUGACGGCCACUUCCGGCUCGAGUUCCACCAGCGGAGACCUCCUGAACCGCAGUGCCCUGGCCACCAGCUGCAGUAGCUAUGCGGAGAGCAGUGUGGAUGGCAGCGACUUGGCCACGGCACAGCCAGAGCCUCGAGUGCAAUCCUGGCAGCCGCCACAGAGCGUGCCCCAUCAGCCUCUCUCUCGGAAUGCUUCCUCACCACCAGCCAUGGAGGUGGCCUGUCCAGACACCAAUCAGUCGGAGGCGCCAAUGAAGACCAAUACUAGCUCGGAAGGUCCUUUGGAUGACCACGUUCGAGGCAGUUUUCAGCAGUUCCUGCGACGAAUGUCCAUGCGGCGUUCCAAUAAACCGAAGUGCCACCAUCACCCCCUCAGCGCCACCAACUCAAUUCUGAGCAUCUCUGAGGAGUCUCCUCCCAUUGUUCAUUUUCCUGCCACACUUUUAGCGACGGAUGCUUCGCCAAACAGUAAAUCUGUUCAGGGGGAAUCACCUUCAGAGGAAAAGGCCAAAAAGAGUGUAAAUAUUGACUCGAAGGAAAUCACAAUAAAUUGCGCUGACAAUUGCGAAUCAGCAUCCGAGAAAGAAUCGGGGGCAAACGUGACAUCCUCGGCCACCCAGGAACGCAGUGAAGGACACGUGCUGGCUGCGGCAGGUGAAUCCGGCCAGGAAUCGAUGCCGGUGGCCAGGAUAGCGAUUGAUACCGAACGCAAAUAUGGAAAAAUAUCGGACGACAUAUACCUAAUGUACAUACGCGCCGCCGGCCUGCCCAUAAUCACCGUCUUUUUUAUCACAGCACUAAUUUGGCAGUGUUUGCGUGUCUACACGGACGUUUGGCUGCAGCAGUGGAGCGAUGUGCAUGGGCAGGGCAUGAAGGACAUGAAGGACAUGAAUCAGUACCAGGACGAAGGACCACCGCAGAAUGGCCCGGAGGAGGGCCACGAAGUCACGUACUAUUUUCGCAUGUAUGCCGCAAUUUCGUGUGUUUGCAUUAUAAUGGCCCUGGUUUCAACACCGGCCGGACAAUACGCCGGCUGUAAUGCCCGUCGUAAUUUGCACGAUAAGCUGCUGCAAACGAUUUUGCAUAAAACGUUGCAUUUUUUCCAAGUGACCCCGCUCGGACGUAUUGUGAAUCGUUUCAGCAACGAUAUGGCCGUCAUUGAUAAGAAAAUCGCAGCCACUGGCCAACGAUUGCUGCAAUUCACUUUGCUCUGCCUGUCGGCAAUUCUGAUAAAUGUCACCAUCACUCCCUGGAUUUUGGUUCUCACUCUGCCGAUCUGCGGAGCCUACUAUAUCAUACAAAAGUUCUACAGGUGUUCAGCGAGGGAACUGCAGCGGAUUGAAAAUGCUACUAAUUCCCCUGUAAUAUCGCAUCUAUCAGAAACUAUACAAGGAGUGACUACGAUUCGAGCUUUUAAUCAGCAAACUCGAUUUACAGAGAUCCUGUUCAAACGUCUGGAGGCAAACACAAUUGCCUAUGCGUUGUUGAACACCAGCCAUCGAUGGCUUGGAGUAUCAUUGGACUAUUUGGGUGGAUGCAUUGUUUUUGUGGCCACUGUGACGGCACUGGCAACGGCGAGCGUCAGUUGCAGGAACCACUACGAGGCAUCCGAAACUUAUGCUGUCAAUAAAAGCCCGUCGCAGCCCACCUCCGAACUGAGACCCUCGCCCUCGCUGGUGGGUCUGGCCAUAAACUACACGUUGUUGGUGCCGAUUUACCUUAAUUGGGUUGUAAAACUUUUGGCUGAUAUGGAGAUGUAUGCGGGCUCCGUGGAACGCAUCGCCCACUACACCCAGGAACGGGAGGAGGAUCCGGACUUGGACUUGGACCCGUCUGAUGAAGAUGUGAGCGGCGAAGUCGAUAGGUCGUCCCAGUCCCAGUCGAAUGCCGGUGACAAAGUUUACCCAGGCGCAACGACAGCUGCCGGUGAUGUUGAUGAAGAUGAAGAUGGAGCUGGAGCUGGAACAGGGGAAGGACAUGAAAAUGGGGCUGAUGGUGAAGUCGAAGCCGUAGCCGAAGCUGGAGCAAACGCUGAUAAAUUAAAUGCAGGCAAUGCAACCGGCGACGGCAAUCACUUAAACUUCCACUUCCUCACGGCGACAGCUGGCGACAAGGUGGAGCAGGCGACGACAAAGACGUCGGUGAUUAAAGAUAAGCAACUGCCACCGCAGGACGAGAUGGUCGUCCUGCCAAAUGAGCCGGCCAGGAAGCUCGAACGUUAUCAGAGCGUACCCAUUUCCUGGCCGCAAAGAGGAGACAUAAAUUUCGAUAAUGUCAGUCUGCGAUACGAAGGACAAAAUCAAAAUGUCAUCAGCAACCUAUCAUUGAAAAUUCCUGCUGGCCAAAGGAUUGGCAUCUGUGGUCGCACCGGCAGUGGCAAAUCAUCCUUGGGCCUGUCCCUUUUCGGUGUCCUGCAAACGACCAAAGGCCACAUCUACAUUGACGAUGUGGACAUCAAACGAAUCCGACCAGACGAGCUGCGAACCAGAUUGUCGAUUAUUCCCCAGGAUGUGCAUUUGUUCAAUGCAACCAUACGUGAAAAUCUUGAUCCACACGGUUACUUCUCGGACCUGCAAUUGUGGAACUGUCUCGAGAUGGCGCAGCUGAAGGAGUUUGUCAACGGGCAUCUUCCUGGAGGUUUGGAAACGGUGAUAUGGGACGGAGGGGUCAACCUGAGUGCUGGCCACCGGCAGCUGUUGUGCCUGGCACGUGCCAUACUGCGCGGCUCCGUCUGCUUGGUCCUGGACGAGGCAACAAGUGUCCUGGACAGCAGCACGGAGAGUGCACUCCUCAAGGCGGCGGAUCUGGCCUUCCAGGGACGCACCAUCAUUACCAUUGCCCACCGCCUGACAACUAUUCUGGAUUAUGACCGCUUAAUCGUGCUGGACCAAGGGCGAAUCAUAGAAGAUGGCAAUCCCAGGGAUCUCCAACAGCUGCCGGGCUCCGUUUUCCGUGGCUUACUGGAAAAAGGGGCGAGCAAAUGGUAGAAUUUCCUUCGUACAUUGUUGACGAUAACUGUGUCAUAUAGUGAUUCUUAAAUGUAUGUGUUCCGAAAAGCUUUUACUUUUAUGUCCUAACAUAUUCAUUCAGUUUCUCGAAAACGACUAUAAACAUUUCAGCUUACUAUUGUAAUAUAUUUAUUAGUCUUAAAUGUAUUUGACAAAGCUUUUAUAUUCAUAUCAUGUAUC